UCUGUAACGCAUUUCCUGAUUAAAAGAGGAUGUUAUUGUCCCAGACACGGUUGGGCAAGGGUGACCGUAACUUAGGAUUCAGUCCAAACCUUAUCUGUGUAGUAGUCAAGGACAUUCUUGUUUACUUCGCGACCAGACGUGUGCUAGCUAGCGGUGCCUCUUCUCAUUGUUACAGAAGAGAAAGGAGUGACUCGAAGGUUGAUUCUGACCCCCGGGAAUCAAACCCGCGCCGCAAGCUCGCGGCGUGUCAGCUCACAACCAGCGCACAAACCAUUCGGCCAAAAGAUCCAGCAGCCAUUGGCUGUUACAUCAUGAUGUUUCCAUCGUCAGCUGCUCUGCCCUUCUACUGCGGGCUCACGGUUCUCCUGGUGUGUAUGAUGCCGUGGUCGGCAGCAGGACAGACUACAGAAAAUGGCCUUUGGGACACCAAAGGGACUGAGUUCGUUCUGUCGUUCAUCCAAAACCUCCAGCGGGACGGACACCGGCCUCGGCUCCACGUCACGGGUUCCAGCCCCGCUCUGGCAUCGGUGGUUGUGGAUGUGCCGCUCGUCGGAUUUACCGAAAAACUCAACGUUAGAUUCGGCGAGGUAGCGACAGUUGAGCUCCCGCGGGACGGUGUUGAGAUGUUGGGGAGCAGGAAAGGCCGACAUGCGGUCCACAUCCAGGCGGACAACGACAUCAUGGUUUACGGUGUCUUCACGGAGCGCGACUCGUCUGACGCGUACUUAGGCCUCCCUACUGACGCCCUGGGGACGGAAUACCUGGUGCCCUGUAAUACCAUCACCAGGAACCGCCCGGAGGAGGGGUUCGUUCACAUUCCGUCAGAGUUCGGGGUUGUGGGAGUAUAUGAUAACACCACCGUCACCAUUGUACCAAAACAACGCGUGCUUUUCGAGGACCGGACGUAUUUCGCUACGGAGACGAUCACGACCACGCUGGACAGGUUUGAAACUCUGCAGAUUCAGAGCAGCGACGACCUGACGGGCUCCAGGAUUGUCUCCAACAAGCCGGUGGCUGUCCUGAGCGGUAACCUGUUCGCCAGCGUGGGGCACCAAGAGUCAGUCAGGGGCUCCGGGACGCAUAUCGUGGAGAUGAUUCCUCCGGUACACGGCUGGGGGAGGGAGUUCGCACUCGUGGCGCUGAAGGGGAGAGAACAGGGGGACGUCUUCCGCGUCCUGGCCGCCAGAGACGGCACUCAGGUUUUUACAUUUAGUUUAAUACUGUUUAAGUUUUGUUUCCAUUCCUUCGAUUACAGUAAAUCCAAAACAGUGGACCAGGCUCGAGCGGACCCCUUUAUGAUGCUGGUCCCGGCGGUGUCGCAGUUCGCAGCCAACUACUCUUUCCUCACCGUCGACUUCGCCGACCUCCACAUGUACGGUACUUACCACCUCAACAUCGUGGUAAAAACCUCAGAGAAGGAAGGUCUUCGGCUGGACGAUAACCCUCUGGAUCCCGACACCCAGUGGUUCCUCAUACCGGACACGCAGAUGUCGGCUGCAAGGGUGGAUGUGAGGUGCGGCUCGCACACCCUGGUCCACCAGUCUCCGACGGUGACGUUCGGUGUUUCCGUGUACGGCUACACGGACUACGACGGCUACGGCUACCCCGGUGGACUGCUCCUGCCCGCGCACGCCACCUGGCGUUCUAGUGACGAACUGCAGGGCGUUGGUGGUACCGGGCAAAGUGAGGAUGUUCCGGAUAACCCUCAACACAGGGAGAACAGGGGCGGCAACGGAAAGGCGGCAUCGACAAACAUCCCGUCUAAAACUGUUAAGUGGAAGGACUAUGCCGAAUCUAAAGUCCUCAUCGUUUUGUUUUGUUGCCUGUUGCUGGGUUCUAUAAUAGCUGGUGUGCUCUACAUCAAGAACCAGCGGAAAGAUGACUUUCCCUCUACUUCAAUGGAAGGGCUUGAGUUGGCGGAUAGUGCUUAGAAGAAUGCAGCACUGUCUGAAUAGUUUGCUACAUAGGUUAAUAGAUAUGACAGUUGUGCACUAAGACCAUGUAAAAAACGAGAGCAG